AUGGCCUCAAGUCUCAAGGUUGUCAUAGGGACAACACUGAACUAUUUUCUGGACGGCCGGAUCAACAGGGCAGAGGUUCUCUUCCCCGGCGUCGGAUGCUUUCUGAUUGCAGCCUGCCUGGGCUCACUUGUUCACUCCUCCAAUGCUGCUGACAACCAGGAGAAGCUAUCAAACUCCAGAAACUACUCUGCUGGGAACACUGCAAAGGAAGAUCUCACCCAACACCUUGUUCAAGAAGAAGAGGAACCAAAGGAUUGUGAAGAAGCACUACCAAAUAAUAAGGCUGUGGAGAAAGCCGAGGCAGGAACAGCAGAUUUCCUCAUCGAUCUGGAGGACAAGAGAUCAAUCAAGGUUCUUGGAUCCAACACGCUGGCGGGGCUGGCGAUCGUGACGUUCGCGGGGGUGUGCUACUCGCUGUUCGCGCCGGCGUUCAACCUGGCGACCAACGACCAGUGGCACACGCUGCGCGACGGCCUGCCGCACCUCGUGGUCUACACCGCCUACUUCUACUUCUGCCUCUCCUCCCUCGUCGUCGGCGUGGCGCUCAACGUCUGGUGCCUCUACCGCCCCAUGGCCGGCGUGCCGCGGUCGACGCUGCGGGCGUACGCCGGCGACCGGGAGGGGAGGGGGCUGGCGCUGCUGGCGGGGCUGGUGUCCGGGCUGGGCAACGCGUUCACGUUCAUGGCCGGGCAGGCGGCCGGGUACGCGGCGGCGGACUCCGUGCAGGCGCUGCCGCUGGUGAGCACGCUCUGGGGCGUGGUGCUGUUCGGGGAGUACCGGAGGUCGUCGCGGAGGACCUACACGCUGCUGGGGAGCAUGCUCUUCAUGUUCGUCGUCGCCAUGGCCGUGCUCAUGGCCUCCUCCGCGCACAGGAAGCCGCUCUGA